AUGGCUGUAGUUGACUUACCUAAAAUACCGGUGCAGGAAGAAUAUUAUUAUCGUCAAUUAUCUGUCAAUACUUUUCGUAUUCAUAAUUUAAACACGAAUAAUUUAUUUUGUUAUGUUUAUCAUGAAGCAACAGCAAGAAAAACGCAAAAUGAUGUAUGCUCUUUUUUGGUUCAUUAUAUCAAUAGUUUUGUUGAUGAUGAUGUUGAGGAAUUGCAUUUGUUUUGUGACAAUUGUGCUGGGCAAAACAAAAACCACGCAUUACUCAGAAUGAUUAUGGCUCUAGUUGAAAUUAAAAAAUUCAAAAAAGUUCAGGUGUUUUUUCCACAAAGAGGACACUCGUUUUUGCCGUGUGAUCGUGACUUUGCAUUGAUAAAAAAGCAACUGAACAGAGUGGAUUGUCUAUACACUUUAGAAGACUAUAUAGAACUUAUUUUAAAAUCAUCAAGAAACCCAGAAAAAUUGUCAGUGUUUCUAGUUGAUAAAAGUAUAAUUUAUAACUAUCAAAUGUGGUUUCCACAAUUUUAUAUUAAAAAUACUAACGCAUUAGAAUGUUUAAGCCGUAAUAAAACAUUAAAACAACGUCGUACAAUAGAAAAAUUUUUAAUUUCUAAGUACCAUUAUUUUGAAUGUGUAUCGGAAAAAUGUGGAAUAAUUAAGGCAAGUGAAUUUAUUGACGGAAUAAUAUCAAACCAUUUCAAAUUGAGAAAAAACAAUGCAAUGCCCAUACAACUCCCAAAAACACUAGUUUAUACUUCAAGCUUACCAAUUCUUGAAAGCAAAGUGAAAGAUGUGAAGCAAUUAGCGAAAUAUAUUUCAGAGCCAGCAUUGCAAUCAUUUUGGAAUUAUAUUAUAUUUUCGUUACAAACUGAGACACCUCAAGCAAGGCAAAAUAGAACAUAA